AUCCUCUUGAUUGUUGAUUCCCAUCAUCUAUCACAAUGGCAUGAAAUAUGCCUGCCGUUGAUUAUAAUACGUUGCAAUUAUUGUUCCUUUUGUGGCUCUGCAUGCCAGACUUUCUGAGAUGACUGCGCGCUGCGAACCCUGAACACAGCUUCUCUGGUCGGCAUGUCUGGGAGCUAUACGUCGGACUUUGCUCUGCUAAACAGCACGUUCUGGGUCGAUUUACUGAGCCAACGAGAUGUCUCAGCUCAAGUCCCCAUCAACUACGUGACGGAGCCUUCGAUCGCGCUUACCGCAGCAUGCUUCGGCGAUAAUCGAUAUCUUGGAGACGCAGGAUCAUUCUGUUUAUCGGAUCUUUUGACAGUUGGAUACCGCCGUUUCAUUAUCGAUGUUUACUGGUCUCCCUCAAAUCGACAAUGGCUACUCUGUCCUGUUUCAAUUCCCUCCAACUCGACAUCGGAUGAUUCCCCUUACAGGCUAGGAAACUAUACUUGCUCAGGCACCUUCAAUCUAACAACGAUUAUGGAGGAUUUACGCAGCUAUAUUAGGUCUAGCAGCGCAGAUAUAGACUCCACGUUUCUCUACAUCGUGUUCAACAUACAUGUGGCGGCGGACUCGAACAAUCCUGAUCAACCUGCUUCUAUAGUAUCGAGUGCAGAUCUCCCCUCAGGAUCUCUUCUGCUGGGAGAAAUAUCGAAUAAUGCUCUUGAUUCAUUUAUAUACACACCCCCAGAACUCGCAGAAGAACGAAGCAACCUCAAUGAUUCGUGGUACCAUGGUACCAGAUCAAGAACAACGGUGUUACAGGAGUACUUUACCACGAUACGUCAAGACAAUCAUAUCCUAAGCACGCCGGAUGGAUGGCCUUGUCUGGCUUACUUGAUCAACAAACGGGCAAAGCGAUUGAUACUUGGCCGAGGCAGCAUUGACCCUCAGCUACAAGGGUACAAUGUCUCUGGUGAUGAGCCGUACAUUUUUUCUACGAAUUAUAUAGAAGACGCUAUCAAUGUAUCGGCGACAUCCGCUGGACAAGGAUUACAGUUUGGAUGUUUCUACAACCCGCAGAGUACGGAUCCCAAGAAUCUGAACAACUCUUGGGCAUUGUCGACUCUUAAUGAGAUCGGCCCAAACAUCUCACACUCUACUUCGCUUUUGUUGAAGAAUUAUACGGGCUGUGGUAUCACGCCUGUUAUCAACCAUACCUUGGGUGGCCAGUCGGCGGAUAUUGGAGUUGAUCCCUAUCGAAACCUAUCUCUAUCGACAAUGUGGUCAUGGGCUGUGGGAGAGCCUCGAAACGCAAGUAGUCUUCCCGGCUACGAGGAAAUCGCUCCCAGCAGUGACAUACUUCGCUGUGCAAUGAUGGAUCCUACCUCCAACGGGCACUGGCGAGCCGGAAAUUGCUCAGACACCUAUCGCGCAGCCUGUCGCGUGGACAGUAGGCCUUAUUCAUGGGUUCUCUCGGACAGCAGACAAUCAUUCGCCGAUUCUAACAAAAUAUGCUCAAACGGGUCAUCCUUCGACGUACCGCGUACCGGCCUGGAGAAUACAUAUUUGUACCAUACAGUCCUAUCGGCCAGCGAUACACCAAACGAGCCGGUCUGGAUCAAUCUGAACUCGAUUGAUGUUCAAUACUGCUGGGUAUUGGGAGGCGCAAACGCGACUUGUAUCUAUAUAGCGGAUGCAGACAAUGUCGGCAGAAAAACGGUUCUUGUGCCCACCAUUGCUGCGAUUAUAAUUCUGGUUAUCACAGCUGCGACUCUUUUCGUCAAGUGCAACUCCAAUCGGAGAAUUUCUCGGAGGAAGAGAGUCAAUCAAGGCUGGGACUAUGAGGGUGUACCUUCAUGAUCCUCAAUGUUCAAUUGUCUGUAAUUAUACUGUAUUCUAAGUUCUGGUGCCUGUCGUGACGCUUACUCGAAUAUUCAUAUACU